AGACAGCGUAUAAGCUUGCAAACUGCAAUGCGUUUUCUGCGUGCGUUAAGUCGCUGGUUUUCGGAACCCCUGAAAACUGAAAUUUAAUUUCCCUUUCCCUUUCUAGUCACUGUUGACAAAGCAAGAAGAUAAACAUCUUCUUCUCUCUUUCAAUUCCUUCCUUUUUAACCUCAAUUCUCAUAAUUCUCCCUUCUUCUACUCAAUUAGGGUUUUCAUUUUUUCCACACUCUUCUUAUUUUUACCCUCUCACUUCUUUUUAAUUCCAUUUCGUAUAUCCUUUUCUCUGCCGCUUUGCAGCAAUGGCCCAAUCAUGUAGGAUGGCCUUAAAUUGCUAGUACCCUGUAUCAAUUUUUAGCUGCAUUAUGCAUUUCAGGUGACUUUUUCGAAUUGCAUUGACUUUGAUGAUGAUAUCAACAACUGCUUUCUCAAUUAAGCUGGUUGAAGAAGCUUGUGUUGUGCUUCCUCCAUUGGCUAUGGAGUUGUAGCUUUUGGAGGAUUUUGAGUUGGGGCUGGUGGCAUAAAGAGUGUGACAGUUUUAUUUGGGUAGAGGGGUUAAAUGUUGCACAUGGCUCCAAAUCUGAAGCUUAGGUUAUGCGUCACCUUGUUGUUUUUAGUCUUAAGCGUUCUUCUGUUUGGCAUUUCAAACGCCGAAUCUGAAGGAGUUUCACAAAUAGUUAGAUCUGCCCCGGAUAAGGAUGUAGGAGCCAAUGUAUUUGAUGGAACUGGUGAGGGUUCCUUUAAGUUUGAGGAUGGUAAUACUAUGAAGACUAAUAGGAAGGGUGGAAACAAUAGAGUUUCUAUUUCUACAGUCGCAUUAUUUACAUUGGCAAUGGCAGCUGCCACUGGUUUAGGUGCUGUGCCCUUCUUCUUUGUGGAGCUUGAUCCGCAGUGGGCUGGAUUGUGCAAUGGAAUGGCUGCAGGUGUCAUGUUAGCUGCAAGCUUUGACCUCGUACAGGAAGGGCAGGAAUUUGGCGCGGGAAAUUGGGUUGUCACUGGGAUUCUAUCUGGAGGAAUCUUUAUUUGGCUAUGCAAGAAGUUUCUUGAGCAAUAUGGGGAUGUAAGCAUGCUGGAUUUAAAAGGUGCAGAUGCAGCUAAAGUUGUUCUUGUGAUUGGAAUAAUGACUCUCCAUUCUUUUGGGGAGGGAUCUGGGGUUGGCGUCUCUUUUGCUGGCUCAAAGGGUUUUUCUCAAGGACUGUUGGUAACUUUGGCUAUUGCUGUACACAACAUACCAGAGGGAUUAGCGGUGAGCAUGGUGCUGGCAUCAAGGGGUGUCUCUCCGCAAAAUGCUAUGUUGUGGAGUGUAAUUACUUCUUUACCUCAGCCAAUUGUAGCUGUUCCUUCAUUUAUUUGUGCUGAUGCAUUCAGCAAGUUCCUUCCUUUUUGUACUGGAUUUGCUGCUGGAUGCAUGAUUUGGAUGGUUGUUGCAGAAGUUCUUCCUGAUGCAUUCAAGGAAGCCUCAGCUUCACAGGUUGCAUCAGCAGCAACCCUUUCUGUAGCAUUCAUGGAAGCUCUAAGCACCUUAUUUCAGAAUUUCACCCAUGACUACAACUCUGAGGAUGCUUCUGGCUUCUUUGUCUCACUACUUUUUGGCCUGGGGCCAUUACUUGGUGGAGUUAUCCUGGUUGCAUUUGCUCUUGUGUUUCAUCUCCAGCAUGCUCUCCUUAUGGGCACGGGUUGUGGCAUUGCUUUUGUUCUUGGAGCCUGGCGACCAGUCCAGCUUAUUUUGUCUUCAAAAUUAGGACUUAUUCCCUUUAUGUUGCUCCUUGCAAUGGGGGCUGCAUUGGUCCAUUUUACAUCCUCAAGUGUAUUGAAGAUGGCAUCCAAAAAAACCUCGGGUGGUGACUUGCCUACACUUACAGGCUUCCCACUUAGUGUUCACACCCUUCAGUCAUUCAUAUCAUGCGGUGCAGUCGCUUUUCACGCUUUGGCAGAAGGACUAGCAUUGGGAGUGGCUGCACCAAAAGCAUACGGACUUGGCCGUCACAUGGUCCUUCCGGUCUCCCUACAUGGGCUCCCCCGAGGCGCAGCCGUGGCUAGCUGCAUCUUCGGUGCCACAGAUAGCUGGCAUGGUUCCCUUGCCUCCGCCGCCAUAAUCGGAUUUAUGGGUCCAAUAUCAGCAAUAGGGGCUAUCCUCACCGGUAUUGACUAUAGUGGCCUUGAUCAUAUAAUGGUUCUUGCUUGUGGUGGAUUGAUCCCGAGCUUUGGAACUGUAGUUAAGAGAGCCCUUAGUUUGGAUAAGAGGAAGAGCACAUGUGGCCUCAUUCUUGGUAUGGGGUUUGCUACUUUGUGUCUAACUUUCACUAGGUUGGUUUGCUUGCAUACACUGUACUGCAAUUCUGCACCUGAAGCUGUAAGAUAAGAACACAACUAUGCUUCAUUUCGUGCAAUAUUGAUUUCUAAUGUUCCUGCAACUGCAAUAUGCAUUUCUUUAGUUCAAUGUCUCAAGACAUAGCUUCACAAAUUUGGAGAGAUUGUCAAUGAAGGAUGUGGAAAGAGAGAGGUCAAAGAUGAAAUCAGAUUUUCAAUUGAGCCAAGUUUUCAUUUAGAACAUGUGCCUUAUGUGUCAUACACGAGUUUUUACUUGUAUAUAUAGUUUUAUCAAAGAUGGAAAUGGUAAUUUUUUCUUCUUUUUAAUCCUCUCUCAAUAGGUGUUGUGACAUAUAGAUCUGAUAUCGCAUGGUGCUGAUGGCCCAUUCGCUAAUA